AUGGAAGGCGGGGAUGAUCACUUCCAUCACCACCACCACCACCACUACCAACAGCAUCACCACCGCCCCAACUUCCCGUUUCAACUCCUUGAUCAGAAGAAAGAAGACGAAGCCGCAUCCUGUUCCAACAACUCCGCCGCCGCCAGUCCUUACCCUUCUCUAGCCAUCUCCUCCGCCGUGGAUCCGAUCAACCCGUUAAACAACAACACCGCACCAUCGUCCACCGCAGUCACCACCGCCGUCGCUGCCGAGCCCUCCAAGAAGCCUCCUCCCAAGCGCACCUCAACUAAAGACCGCCACACCAAAGUCGACGGCCGCGGGCGCCGCAUUCGAAUGCCGGCACUCUGCGCGGCCAGGGUGUUCCAGCUCACUCGCGAGCUGGGACACAAGUCCGACGGAGAAACAAUCGAGUGGCUACUCCAGCAGGCCGAGCCGGCCGUGAUCGCCGCCACCGGAACCGGCACGAUCCCAGCUAACUUCACUUCUCUUAACAUUUCGCUAAGAAGCUCCGGUUCAAGCAUGUCGGUGCCGUCCCAGCUCAGACCUUCAUAUUACAGCCCCAAUUUCUCGUCGUCCAUACAUCAGAGUAGUCAGAACCAGCGGCGGAAUCUGUUUCAGGGUUUGGGCCUUUCGUCGUCGGACAGCUCGUCGACGCUGCUCAAUUUCCAGACCAACACCAUGCACUCUAUGCUUCAGGCCAAGCAGGAGCUACGUGAUACGGUGUCGUUGGACUUAUCCGAGGCGGCUUCAGCGGCGGAGGGGAGCAUGGGAAGGAAGAGAAGGCCGCCGGAGCAAGACUUGAAUCAAAUGGGAAGUGGGUAUUUACUGCAGUCCAGCGCGGGAGCUAUCCCGGCGAGCCACCACAGUCAGAUUCCGGCGAAUUUUUGGAUGCUGGCGAAUUCCACUAAUCAAGCAGCAGUGAUGAGCGGAGACCCAAUUUGGACUUUUCCCUCGGUCAAUAACAGUGGGUUGUACAGAGGCACCAUGUCAGGCGGCUUGCAUUUCAUGAACUUCCCUACACCGGUAGCGCUGCUGCCUAGUCAGCAGCAUAUGGGGGGCUCCGGCGGCGGUGGAGGCGGAGAUAACGGCGGAAAUGACGGUAGUGGUGGAGAUCAUCAUAAUAACAUGAACGACGGGCAGCUGAACAUGCUGACCGGGCUGAACCCGUACCGGCACAUGUCCUCGGACUCGCCGCAUGAGCAGCAGGCCAGCGGGUCCCACUCGCACCACGGCGGCGACGACCGGCACGAUAGUACUAGUCACCACUCGUAGUAGAGUAAG